UCCACUUCAUUAUAUUAUCUUGGACCACCUAAUCAAACCAUCUCUUUCCUUCCUUCUACAUAAUCUCUCUAUUUGAUUCCUCCUAAAAAUUUGCCUUUUUGUAAACCUAUGAUUCACUAUUAUUCAGUUACUUUUAUGUGUUUUUCCACCCUUUAUAACAUCUUCCUCUCUUAUCACAGGGUUUUUGGGGUUUUAACGUUCAUCCCUCUUUCUAAAAUUCAUACCCACUUCUUAAUUUCCUCUUAAAUCAAUCUAAUUUUUAAGGGUAACUGAAAUUAAUUGUGCAAACUAAAAAUUAGUUUCUGGGUAAUCUGCAAAAUUGGGUUUUUAUUGUUGAAACAAAACUUGUUGUUGUUGUUGUUGUUGCUGUUGCUUUAGCUAUGGAUUCUCAAGUGUUGGUUGCUCUAGCGCUCUCACUUGUUGGUGGGUUGAGCACAUCUUUAGGUGCACUUUUUGUGGUCCUUAGUGAUGCGCCAAACUUGAAGAUGCUCGGGCUUUUACAGGGCUUCGCUGCGGGUCUUAUGCUUAGCAUAUCAUUUCUAGAUCUGGCUCACAAUGCCAUAAAUGCUAUUGGCUUCUUGAAAGGAAACAUAUGGUUCUUUGCAGGUGUUAUCUUCUUUGCACUUAUUUCCAACUUCAUUCCAGAACCAACGCUCGCUCCUACUCCAAAUGUUAAAAGCAAAAAGCGGACUAAUGGAGAAAAUAAGCAAAAGGACCUAAUGAAGAAGCAUCGGCGCCAAGUUUUGUACAGUGGCAUAAUAACAGCCGUAGGUAUAAGCUUACACAAUUUUCCAGAGGGAAUGGCAGUUUUUCUUGGAUCGAUAAAGGGCCUUCGGGUGGGACUUAAUCUGGCUUUGGCUAUUGCUUUGCACAACAUUCCUGAGGGUGUUGCUGUUGCUCUUCCAGUUUACUUUGCUACACAAAGCAAGUGGCAAGCAUUUAAGAUAGCAUCGCUCUCUGGUCUUGCGGAGCCCUUGGGUGUUAUUAUUGUAGCUUAUCUAUUCCCAAGCAGUUUAAAUCCUGAGAUUCUUGAGGGCCUUCUAGGAGCAGUUGGUGGAGUGAUGGCUUUCCUAACCUUACAUGAGAUGUUGCCUUUGGCGUUUGAUUAUGCUGGUCAGAAACAAGCUGUCAAGGCUGUUUUCCUCGGCAUGGCCUUUAUGUCAGCAAGCCUGUAUUUUUUGGAAAUCAGCUUGCCAGCAGAGAUGAGUUUAUAGCUGAAGCAUUCACUUGGGUAGAUGAGAACAUAGCAACAGUUGUACAUUGCUCUGCACAGUUUCUCUCUCUCUAUGUCUCUCUCAUCAGUCGAGGACCACCGUCAUCUUCAAACUUCCGUCUUCACCACCCGUUACAUUACAUGAAGUGAAGUCUGCAACCUUCGGAAUCCAUGGAAAUGUAUCUAAUCAAACUUAGAAGAAAAAAAAAGGGAAUGUGAAUAAUUGUUGUUAGGUUGUAACAAUUGAACAUUAUUGGAAAAACUUAUUAUCCUCUUGAAAGUUGA